UAUAUUUUCCUCCCCUUAGCAAUUUGGUGGAAUAUGAAAAUCACUGCAACAAUAUUGAAAACUUCAGUGAUAGCUCUGAUGUCAUGUACAUCAUGGGAGAUUACAACCUGCCCCAUCUUCAGAUGUUGGAUGAAACCAACCUCCAUGAUAAUGGUAUUGGUAGACGGAAUGCCUCCGGAUAUAUCACAUAUAAAGAAUUAAAAAAUAAUCCUAUCGCAGAUUAUUUACUUAAAGACCUCAAAUCUAAGAAACUACCAUUGCUGGAUACUCAAAAAUCACAUUUUAAAAACAACAACGCUCACUCGAUCACCCACAAAACAACUAUAAUCUGUGACAUAAGUUACACUGGACUCAGUCACUUGUGA